AUGCUGUUGUUUGGUGGGAAUCUCUCGGGCGGGAAGAGAACUAGCGCAGCAACUGAUGUAUUGACACCACAUACGGAUGCAUUGCAUCGUCUUACCAACCAUGAAUUACGGCUUCUGGAAGAGUUAGAGCGUACACGCUCCAAGUUACAAGCCGAGUGGAGGCUUAAAGUGGCUUGUCUACAGCGACAACACCCGGAUGCAGUAUCGACCGCUUUGAACAAUGCUCGCGACGGAGUUAUCCCCAGUGUCGAAGAACUCGAACAGCGCUUUCAGCUAGCAAUGGGCACAACAAGCACGAAAUUUCAGCAACGAAUGGAGUUGCAACAAGCUAUGCAUUCCAAGACGCUGAAACUCUCUCCAAAUCAACGAUCCAAGGCGUUUUUGCGACACAAAAAGGCUCAUGCAGCACCAGGUCCAACGUCAUCGAUAUCUCCAAACGCUCGAACAGCGCUGGAUAUGCUGCCAGUGUUGACAUCGACAGGAGAAACGCCAUUUGAAGUUGGAUUGGAUGCUCAAAUGGUACCAGGACAACGGCAACAAUACGUUCUUCCAGUUUUCCGACUACCUUCCGUAAAUGUGGCAAGUACAGCAAGUGCAAUGGCAGCUAAAGAGAUACAAGUAAUCAAACAAGACGUCGAUCGGAAACAAGCAAGUGAGACGCUGGGAAUGUCACUGGAGGAAAUCGAAGCCCUCGAAGCCGAGCUCAACGGACAAAGCGGCACAGAUAAUGGUGCAUUACGCAAAGAAUUGGAGUCUGCGCUACACAACGUGCAGCAUCUCACGCGGUUAGUGAAAGACGACAUUUGCUGGGCACAGAAGAUCUGUCCUGCAUCGGAGCUACGUACGACGCUCUACUUUAAACGUUGGGGGCGAGACAAAGUGGAGAAUAUAUUCCGUCGAUUACUGUACAACCUCCAAGGUCUGGCCUUGGAGCGCUGGAAACAAGCUGUCGCGUGUGAGAAGCAGCAGGAAAAGCUUCAAGCGUAUUUACUGUACAAAGGGAGUAAGAAACUCGAUGCGUUCAUAGUGAAUAAUUCGCAACGCAAAAUGCGUCAAGCGUGGACGAAGUGGUGGUCCGAUGUAGCUCACGAGAAGGCUCUGGAGCGCUCGGCACUUGAGUUGCAAGCCAUUCAAGUCAUUCAACGCUCGUACCGCGUCUAUCGUGGUCGUAUGUUUGCUUCUCUUAUGAGGAGACAGAAGAUCAUUGCAAAGCAGACAAGUGCGGCGAUUGAGAUGCAGCGGAUGUUCCGUAAAGGUAUCGCACGGAAGUUCUUAAAACUCAAGCGAAUCGACAAACAUCGUCAAGCCAUGGCAACGCGUAUCCAAGCUCUGGCACGAGGGUAUAUCGACCGAAACCGAGUCCAACAGAUGCGCGAUCAGUGGAAGAAAAACGUCGUUGCUAGUCGUCUUCAGGCCAUGUAUCGAGGACGCAAGGCUCGUCGUGAACUUGCAAUGCUUCGAAGCACCCAGCAUCUAACCAAGGCAGCGGUGAUCAUUCAACGCAGAUACCGAGGUCGUCUCGGACGUGCUGCGUUCAUUCGACGGCGUCUAGAUCGAAUGCGCGACGUUGCUGCAACGAGGAUCCAGACCAUGGGUCGAGGAUGGCGUGCUCGUAAGAAAGUAGCUAUUUUGCGUGAGGAAGAACGCAAACGACAAGCCAUUCGUCGAGCUGCAGCGAUCAAUAUUCAACGAGUAUAUCGAGGACACCGUGCUCGUCUAUCGACGGAGCUUAAGUUGAUGGCGUUGCGUGAGAGAAAUCGCAUGUAUGCUCAAGCCGCUACCAAAAUCCAGAAGAUGGUGCGCAGGCGUCAAGCUGUUAAACGUGUGGAGCGGCGUCGCGAGGAGCGAGUAGUAAGGCUCAUGCUCCAGGCCCAAAUAUGGAUAGAAUACUGGAACGAUGACGCUGCCAAGUGGUUUUACUACAACCAAGAGACUGGUGAGGCUCUGUGGGCGCCUCCUGCGACGGGAUACACAAAGGCAGAUGGCGAACUGGUGCUGCAGGACGGCAAGGUUAUUGAUCCAUCCGAAGCCGACGUCGAAAGUAUCUUGGCAACUCGGAAGGCACCUACGUUGACUAAUGGUGCAACUGGAGAGAUCGUGGGCUCUAAGGAUCAUCAGGAAGAAGAGGAAGACACCGAUGACGAGGACAAACUAUGCGUCGAAUGUGAGGAAGAAGGUGCCAGGCGACAGUGUGCUCAGUGCGAGGACGUCUUCUGCGAUGCUUGCUACGAAAAGUUGCAUCACUCGGCCAAACGUGAAAGCCACACGUGGAAAGCUAUUGGCUCUCUGCGCUGUAUCGAGUGUGAGAAAAUGCGUGCAACGCGGUGGUGCGCGGUCUGUGAAGAUCCGUACUGUUUGGGCUGCUUUACUAUUAUCCACUCGAAGGGAAAUAAGGUCAACCACCAGUGGACCGACAUGGCGACGUUCAAGAAGACACGAAAGCAGCAAAUGACUCGAGAAGAGGAGAGCGCGCAGACUUAUGACGAGUAUGUCCAGUCGAGCGAGUACCAAUACGUCACGGAGUACGCAGAGGCAGAAGCGGCUCGAGAGGCUCAAGAAGCUCAAGCUUAUGCUCAAGCAUACAGCCAGGAGAUCGCCGUACCGACUGCAACUGCGGACUAUAAUGGCUGGAUGACGCUGGUGGAUGAGACCUCGGGUCAAUCUUACUACUACAACGUCCACACAGGGGAAUCUCAGUGGGCACAAUGA